UAUGGAGUAUUUAGUUUAGUUUUUUAAAUUGCUGUCUUCUUCUGCUGGGAUCCAAUAUCAUUUCAUAAAAGCCCCAGAAAUGGGCAGGAUGGGUCCCUGGCGAACAAUUUGAGAAUUCCAGGCUGUGGUUUGCAAGUGUGCCCAUGUAGGCGUCUGUGACGAAGAUGCCAAUCGGGUGACUAAAAUGAUUGUUUCCGGCACAGUAAGACACCGUGUUCCUGAAGUCACGCAUGUGUUGCAGCGCGUAGCAACAUGUUUCUUCAUGUCACACACGAGCACACACGCACUGAGAUGAACUGUCCUCAGCGUGUGUGUGCGUGUGAGAGUGCAAAGUCCGCAGAUGUGCAGUCUCGCUGCGCCAUUUUCACGCAGUCAGCGCCCAGCCGAGCAUGUUGGCCAAAGUUGUGACGGGCUUCGGCCUGCGGGCCAACCGCCGCUGGCUCCAGACCACCGCGGCGAAGACGACGUCGCCAUCGACGGCGGCGGCGCCGGAGCCUCAGCGCCGCAACGCGUCGUCCAGCUACAGCGGCACGAUGGUUGACGACAGCAAACCCAAAAGCAUGGACGAGCUGGGCGGACCGAGCUUCCUGACCACACUGUACUGGCUCUUCGUGAAGAGAUACUUCAACACCACGCAGCAGAUGCAAAUCGAACACAAGAAGAUCUACGGCCCCCUGUGGAAGUCCAAAUACGGCCCAAUGGUGGUGGUGAACGUGGCCAGCGCUGAGCUCAUUGAGCAGGUGCUGAGGCAGGAAGGGCGACUCCCGGUCCGCACCGACAUGCCACACUGGAGGGCCUACAGGGAGCUCCGCAAUCAAGCCCACGGACCGCUCUCUGAGAUGGGAGCCAACUGGCAGCGCAUUCGCAGCAUCCUGAACCCCCGCAUGCUAAAGCCCAAGCACGUCUCCUCCUAUGCCGACAGAGUCAACGAGGUGGUGGCCGACUUUGUGGAGCGAGUGCGCUGGCUGAGGGAGACUGCCGGCAGCGGGGUCAUGGUCCACGACGUGACGGAAGAACUCUACAAGUUUGCCUUUGAAGGCAUCUGCUCUGUGCUGUUUGAGACCCGAAUGGGCUGCAUGAACAAGGAGGUGCCGGACGAGACACAGAAGUUCAUCUUCUCUGUGGGGGAAAUGUUCCGGCUCUCUCCCGUCAUUGUCCUCUUCCCAAAGUGGCAGUGGCCCUACCUGCCCCCCUGGACCAAGUUUGUGGCGGCCUGGGAUCACCUCUUUAAAGUUGCUGAGGAGUUGGUGCAGAAGAAGGUGGAGGAGCUUCAGAAUAUGGAGCAGGCUGAGCGUAACGUUGAGGGUGCCUACCUGACUCACCUCCUCCUCAGCAAGAAGAUGAACGUCACAGAGAUCCUGGGAAGCAUCACGGAGCUCCUCCUGGCAGGCGUGGACACUACGUCCAACACCAUCUCCUGGGUGUUGUACCACCUGGCGAGGGAGCCGGACAUCCAGGAAAAGCUCUACCAGGAAGUGAUCCGCGCUUAUCCUGCCCAAAGGAUGCCGAAUGGUGACGACAUCGCUCGGAUGCCCUUCCUGAAAGCCGUCAUCAGGGAGACGCUGCGGCUCUAUCCUGUCGUCCCAGGAAACGCUCGCCUCACUGUGGAAAACGAGAUCGUGGUGGGAGAUCAUCUCUUCCCGAAAGGGACUCUCUUCCACCUGUGUCACUACGCUGUCUCCUUUGACGAAAGCAUCUUCCCCGAUCCGCACCGCUUCCUGCCACAGCGAUGGCUCCGCGGCGCCGAGGAGAAGGCCACGCAGCACCCCUUUGGAUCGGUGCCGUUCGGCUUUGGGAUCCGAGCGUGCCUGGGUCGGCGGGUGGCCGAGCUGGAGAUGUACCUGCUGCUGUCCACGCUGAUACGACACUUUGAGGUGAGGCCUGACCCCUCCGGCACCGCUGUCACGCCGAUCACCAGAACCCUCCUCUGCCCGGCCAAACCCAUCAACCUGCAGUUUGUGGACCGCUGAGUCUAGCGCGGCGGGAGGGUGGAGGCUCUCUAUGAGGCACCACUCACUUCCUGUUGCCAUAUUUGGCAUAAACACACACCUGCUGCUUUUAGUCACAAUAUAUUUGAUAUUAGAUAGGAACUUCUGGAAAUGUAUCUGCCCAAUCCACUAAUUGACUGACACUUGUAAAGUGCGGCCAGGCCUUUUUCAGCCCGCACCGUGUUUUUUAUUGGCCUUUGGCACAUUGGAAAGAUAAAACCAACUCAUUAUUAAUGAAAUAUGUUGGAUAUUACACUCAUUUGCUUUGUCACCAGUAACACAAAGCUAAGAUCACUUUUUCUGUCUUACACAUUUUCUUAUUGAAUUUAAAGACAUAUUGUAACAAAGUAUUUUUCUCUUAGAAACCACACAGCAUGUUUUAGCACUCGUAGUACAUGUGGCAUCUGCCUCCCUCUUGUGGACGUGGACGGGACUGCUCCAGGAGUCUCUUUAAAAACCGAGCCAUGAUUGGUAAAGCCAUGGUGAACAGUUUGAUGGACAGCCAGUCAGCCAAUCAGGACACAGUUUGUAAAAGCGGGGACUUCAACAUCAAUAAAACCACAUGAACUCGUUGACGUUUGACAAAAGAAACACAUUCCUUGCCUCAGAAGUUAUUUCUUUUGUCACGUUAUGUUGCUUCCUAUGGGAAGAAAUAUAGUUUGGAAUGAAAACAACUUGGGGGGAGGGUGGCGUGUUGCACUUCAGGGGUUACUGUGAAAAGGAAGGACCAGCAUCUGUUAUUUCCACUUGAUGAAAUACAUUGUUUCAAGAUAAAAAAAUUCUAAUAAAUUGAUUGAGAUGAAAGUA